GUAAGCAGCUGAGCAGUCUGAUGAGGUUCAUUGUUCCUCCUGAAGCUCCUCCUGGCUGUGUUUCCCUGUCUGGGAGAGCGCAGGGCUGCAGGGCUGAGAGGAGGAGCAGCACUGCACUGCACUGACAGCCUGAGCUGCUGGGGUUCACACACACACACAGAUCAUGGAACCAGCAGAAGUACGACUGGGCCGCUCCGGAGAACCUCCACAUGCUCCUGCUCACUCACAGCUUUGUGAGGACGUGCAGACAGAAACUUAUACAGCUUCACGUGGAGGAACAUCAGGCUCUGUGGGACACAUCACCCCUGUGGACCAUCAGAAACCUCUAAAAAAGGAAGAACCUGAUGAUGGAGACUACCCCUGUGGAUGGAAAUCAAGCUUCGACAGAGACAUCACACCUAUUGAUGAAGAGAAACAUCAUAAAGUAAUAAAGGAAGAAUCUGAAGAUGACGAUUACUACUGUGAAGGGACGUCAAGCUGCGUGGGCCACAGCACCCCUGCGGAUGAACAGAGUGGUGGAAGUGAGCAUAUAAAAGAGGAAGAGCCUGAUGAAGAAGGCUACAUCUGUACAACAACAGUCUGUGAAAUGAACGAUCCCCAGUUACAAGUCUUCUCCUGCUCCUGGUGUUCACUUUCCUAUCCGUCUCAAAUUUACCUCCACAAACACAUCAGACAAUGGCACUGUGAUGAAUAUCAGAGACCCACAGAAUCCGGAGAAAUUAAAUAUGAGGAUCUGCCCACAAGAAGCUCCAGUGAAGAGCAGAUGACCUCCAGUAGUCUGAACAGAAAUGCCUCUUAUGAACAAAUGCAGAAAGAAAUCCAUCCCUGCUCAGUGUGCGGGAAGAGUUUUUCCCAGCAUAGUAACCUCCAACGACACCAGCUCAUUCACACGGGAGAAAAACCACACAACUGCCCAGAGUGUGGGAAGACCUUUGCCCACAAGUGCAACCUGCAACGACACCAGCGCAUUCACAAUGGAGAGAAGAAAUACAACUGCUUGGAGUGUGGGAAGAGUUUUGCCCAACAGAGUUAUCUCCAACAGCACCAGGUCGUUCACACAGGACAGAAACCGUAUCAGUGCUCAGAGUGCGGGAAGAGUUUUAUUCGACAGAGUGACCUCCAGCAACACCAAGUCAUUCACACGGGAGAGAAACCACAUCACUGCUCGGAGUGCGGGAAAGGUUUUAUUCGACAGAGUCAUCUCCUCCGACACCAGCGUGUUCACACAGGAGAGAAGCCUUAUCACUGCUCGCAGUGUGGGAAGAGAUUUGCCCAGCAGAGUUAUCUCCAACAACACCAGCGCGUUCACACAGGAGAGAAGCCGUACCACUGCCCGCAAUGUGGGAAGAGUUUUAUUCGACACGGCAACCUGCAAGAUCAUCAGCUCAUUCACAUCCAAGUGAAGCCGUAUUGCUGCUCGCAGUGUGGGAAGAGUUUUAUUCGACAGAGUGAACUGCAAACGCACCAGCGCAUUCACACGGGAGAGAAACCGUAUCACUGCUCAGACUGUGGAAAGUGUUUUAGAGGCAAGAGGCACCUCAAAGCACACCAAGUCAUUCACACAGCGGAGAAGAAUUAUUAUUGCACAGGGUGUAGGAAGAGUUUUAAUCGACAGAGUGAUCUCCAGAACCACCUCUGUCUUCACACUGAGGAGAAGCCAUAUCACUGCUUUACACUGUGGGAAGAGUUUUACUCUGCCGAGUGUCCUUGAACAACACUGGUGUGUUCACACGGGACAGAAGCCACAUCACUGCUCACCAGUCAUUCUUUCUGAUAUUCAGAUGCAUUUAGGAUACAUGUGCCAACAGGGAGCCAUCAGAUUCGGCUGCAUGACCUCAAAAUCAUAAAUCCAAGUGAUCAUGUUGGUACGACUUGUUUAAACUACAGUACUGUGCAAAAGUCUUAGGUACCCUAUUUUUUUUCCAUACAGUCUUUGUUAUAGAUUUCUGUUUUAUGACUUCUACAUUGGGGCGGCACA